AUGAAGACCACUAGAGCUAUUGCCGUGGGCUUGACCCUUGUCUCCACGAACGUCCUCGGACUGCCCGUAUCUGACCCAGCAGCCGAAGCGACUGUUCGUGAUAUCGUCGAGAACAACCAAUCAGCCAACGUCGUCGCAGCAGACAAGCAGGUCCAAGGCAUGAACGCAUUCCUCGGCGACGAGGUCAACUCGAUGAGAAACACCAACCCCGCACCUAAGGACACGAUCUACCCCAAGAGAUCCGAGAAAGAUGCACCGUACUCGAUGUCCGAGGAAGAGCUUCGAAGCAAGAUCUACUUUCCCAAGACCUUCUCCAUGACCUCGGGAAAGCAACCCAUUAUUCUCGUCCCCGGCACCGCGGCGAUGGCUGGGUCGACGUUCCGCGCUAACUUGGGUCCUCUUCUGGCCAAGUCUGACUUUGCGGACCCCCUCUGGGUCAACAUCCCCGAAGCGUCCCUAGGUGAUGCCCAGGAGAAUUCCGAAUAUGUCGCCUACGCCAUGAACUACGUCCAGAGUAUGACGGGCAAGAAGGCCGCCGUUGCUGCUUGGAGUCAAGGAAACUUGAAUGUGCAGUGGGCCAUGAAGUACUGGCCUAGCACGCGGGAGACGGUGACCGACUUUGUCUCGUUCUCUCCUGAUUUCCAUGGCACCACCGAGGCAUUCUUGGCUUGCGACACUGCUGCGGCACUUAUCGGAUGCACACCUUCUGUGUAUCAACAGAAGUACGACUCCAAGUUCGUCGCAACUCUUCGCGCUGGCGGCGGAGACAGUGCUUAUGUCCCCACCACAUCCAUCUUCAGCGCCACCGAUGAAGUCGUCCAGCCUCAAGCCGGCCCAAAGGCUUCAGCUUUCCUCAAGGAUGGCAACGGCGCGCAAGCGACCAACAUUGAGGUCCAGAAGGCAUGUCCCGGAACCCCGGCUGGCGGUGAGGUCACCCACGAAGGCAUGCUGUACAACUCCUUGGCUUUCGCCCUCUUGGAGGACGCCAUGAAGAAUGAGGGUCCGGCCAAGCUCGACAGAAUCGACAAAAAGGUCUGCCUCGACCCCGCCGCGGGAAAGAUGGAUAAGGCAGAGAUCACUGCUACUGAGGGCGUCCUUGGCCAGGCUGGUGCGAACGUCUUGAAGUACCCCUACAAGGUCAAGUUCGAGCCCAAGAUCAAGGCCUACGCUAAGUAA